UGCGCGGCGGCGGCUGAGCCGGCGAGUCCGUCUGAGGCGGCGGCCAUGGCGGGCCGGGGGUGGCCGCUGCUGCCGGUGAAGGCGCUGUCGGUGGCGCUGGGCGAGCCGUCCGGCGGCGCUCAGGGCUACCGCGGCGGGCAGGAGGUCUCCGGGCAGGUGUUGCUGGAUCUGGCGGGGCCGUUGAGGCUCCGCGCCCUCCGCCUCGAGGCCUGCGGGGGCGCCCGGGCGGCUUGGACCGAAGCGCCGCCGAUGCAGCCGCCGCCUCCUUCUCCUCCUCCUCCGACCGGGACCCGUCUGGAAGCGGAGGUGCCUUACCUGGAAGCCCGGCGGGAGCUGCUGCUGGCAGGUGAUGAGGGCUUUAUCCUUUUAGAAGCUGGGAAAUACCAAUUCCCUUUCAGUUUUCAACUUCCUCUCCACCCCUUGGCGACCUCUUUCACAGGGAAACACGGCAGCAUUCAGUACUUUGUGAAUGUAACCCUGGAAAGCGCCAGUGGCCCCCAUCAGACGGCGUCGAGGGAGUUUCAAGUGAUCAGCCACAUUGAUGUCAAUUCGCCUGUUCUCUUGAGUCCUGUAAGACAAACUCAAGAUAAAAUGGUUGGGUGCUGGUUUUUCACUUCAGGUCCAGUUUGUUUGAGUGCCAAAAUCGAUAGGAAAGGGUUUUGUAACGGUGAAGUUAUACCAAUUUAUGCAGAAAUCGAAAAUUGUUCGUCGCGGCUAAUUGUGCCGAAAGCUGCCAUUUUUCAAAUACAGACUUACGUAGUUAGAGGGAAAACAAAGACUUUUCGUCAAAUGGUUGCCAACGUGCGAGGGAACCACGUUGCCUCAGGAAGCACAGAUACCUGGAAUGGCAAAACUCUGAAAAUUCCACCUGUCACCCCUUCUAUCCUUGACUGCUGUAUUAUAAGAGUGGAAUAUUCCUUGGCUGUGUAUGUUCAUAUUCCCGGUGCCAAAAAGCUGAUGGUUGAAUUGCCUUUGGUCAUUGGCACAAUUCCAUGCACUGCUUUUUCCAGCAGGAACUCAGCUCUUGUCAACCAGCUGGCUAUGGAUAUGAGGUGGCUGGCUCAGACACUGCCAGAUCAUCCAGAAGCACCACCCAAUUAUGCUGACAUUGUAUCGGAGGAAGAAUACACAAGGCAUGUUACUGUUUAUCCAACUUCGGUGGAUUGUGACGAACAGCUGCAUUGUCCUAUGCUCGCCUACAUCCAAGAAUUCCGAUUUCAGCCGCCUCCUCUCUAUUCAGAGAUUGACCCCUAUCCCACUGAAGUAGAAGACAAUCGGCUGGUUUCACUCAUGGAUUAAGGGCGAUUCCAAAAAAACUUUGGUUUGGGGUUUUUUCCCUAUUGCCUCUGCUUGAAGCAAAGCUUUUUUGAUUUUCUCCCAUUAAAGCAAUUUAAAAUUGGAGCAGGCACUAGAAGACCUGUCAAAAUGAAUCUUGAACAAGAAGGGAAGCGUGGAAGAAUGUGUUAUUGAAGUCAUUGGCCCACGCAACGAAGCCUGGACACUUUUUUGGUCAGAUACUUAUUAUUUAUUAAAUUUUUAUCCCACCCACUCCCCUAUACGUUGACCCUGGGCCAUAUCUGAGAAGAAAGUAAGUUUAGGUCGUGGUGCCUCUUCUUAGUAGCGGUCAGGAUAUUUCAGAAAGCACUAAAACAACCCGCUACAGAAGGUCUGCCUUUGGGAAUACAAAUAUUUGCAUCUGUAUCCAGGUACAAGAAUUUCUGGCCUGGAACAUUGAACUCCCUACCAAGAUUAUGUGAGAUUUUGACUCCGCAGAUUAUUAUUUAUUUUUUUUUCACACGGACAUAUCAUUCCUAAGAUGAAUAAUCACGGAGCGAUACUGUGACAUUUUUACCGAGUGAGUGAUAUUAAAAAUUCUCUAUGCAAGGUUGCAUAGGCGGAAGAUUGGUGUCACUGCCAGCUUUGGAAAUUGCAAUUUUAGAGCUGAGGCUGGAUUUCAAGAGUCGCUUUGCUCCACACUUCAGUUUGUUGAAACUUCUUCUUUUUUUUUUUCCUGCUUCAACAACAUGGCAUGAUUUGACAAGGGGUCAGGACAACCCAAACUUUCAAUCAGGACUUUUUCAGCAACUUGAGAUGCUGUGUCAGACUCGCCAUGACUUAAUCCUCUAAGUAAAAACGAUCCUUGGCUCAGAUCUUUGGGAUAGGUACAGAUUUUGUGCACCAAUUUCCCUAAAUUAAACUUUUCCCUCCCUUAACUGUCUUCCCAUCACCGACCCCUCCCCAGUGACCAAUCAGGUACAGGCAAGAUGUUUUCAGAACGGUCAGUUCAAGCAUAGGCUGGUAUGCAGCUACCUUCUUCUCCUAGCCGGGUGACCUUGAAGCAGCCUCUUGGGGAGAUACAGAAGUUAUUUUCGCUUUCCCCCCAAGCAUCCAACCUUUCCCAGAGUUCAUAGCAGACUGUCAGCGCAUGGCAGCAAUGCAAGCAUAAGGUGGCAGCUGACAUGCUGCUGCUUUGGCACUUAAUAUCAGCUAAGCUGAACAUAACAAGGAUGCUUUUGCACUCUUUAAAAACUUGCAUAAUGAAUGAUGAAACUCUAUAGGAAUAUAUCCAUGGAAUGAUAAAAGAGCCUGUAAAAAUAAAAAACCCUCCCUCCUUCCUUCCUGGAAUGGGAGUUGAGACCAAAAAUAUUUUCCACUGAGGCCAACUUGCCUUUCUUAGGGUUAACAGAAUCCAAACAGGGAGCAUUAUUAACAGGCCCAGAUAAUUUUCUGUGAAGUUUUAUGGGAAAUGAAUUACAGGUACUGUGACACGUGGAUUGAAGAUUUAGCAUGAAAUUAUUAUGGUGCAAUUAUUCUUUAAUUUGUUUCUCAGGUCAGCGUGCUUUGCUCUGAGGGUAAAGUCUUAUAAUCUUCUUUCUUAAUUUCUGGAAAAUUCUGUACUGUAACCUUUUAUAAGCUUUGCACUACAACUCAUGUCCAGAAAUAUUGCCCACGUUUCCAUCCAUAAACCGGCGGUCCUCGACUUACAACCACAAAAUUGCUGUUGCCAAGCGAGACAGUUGUUAAGUGAGUUUUGCCCCGUUUCACAACCUUCCUUCCCGCAGGUUGUUAAGUGAAUCACUGUAGGUGCUAAGUGAAUAGCACGGUUGUUAAGUGAAUCUGCCUUCCCCAUUGACUUUGCUUGUCAGAAGGAUCCCAUCACAUGACCCUGGGACACUGCAAAGGUCAUAAAUCAGUUGCCAAGUGUCUGAAUUUUGAUCACAUGUCCAUGGGGAUGCUGCAACGGCCGUCAGUGUGAAAAACAGCCAUAAGUCACUCUUUUCAGUACAGUUGUAACUUUGAACAGUCACUAAAUGAACUGUUGUAAGUCAAGGACUACCUGCACUAAAACCAAUAGCUCGGCAGAUUGAGAAAUGCCCUAUUUUCUUCAUUGGUAGGCCACACUGGCCAUCUGCACUUUGGCGCUUUUUCUUUGUCUUUGAGCCGUGGUGGCGCAGUGGUUAGAAUGUAGUACUGCAGGCUAAUUCUGCCGGCUGCCUGCAGUUCGGCAGUUCGAUUCUCACCAGGCUCAAGGUUGACUCAGCUUUACGUCCUUCCGAGGUUGGCAAAAUGAGAUUUGCUGGGGGCAGGAUGCAGACUCUUUAAACCGUUUAGAGAGGGCUCUAAAGCAGCGUGAAGUGGUAUAUAAGUCUUAAGCGCUAUUGCAAUUGUUACUGCUAUCGUCUUUCAGAAGUUUUGGGUUUGGACUAACGGUAUCUAUACCCCGAUCUAUUGUUGCACAUAUGCCCUACAUUUUUGAAUGUUCCUCUAUGGCAGAGGUCUUCAAACUUGGCAGCUUUAAGACUUGUGGACUUCAACUCCCGGAAUUCUAUUCUAUUCCAGCUAUGCUGGCUGGAGAAUUCUGGGAGUUGAAGUCCACAAGUCUUAAAGCUGUCAAGUUUGAAGACCUCUGCUCUAUGCCGCGUGCCCAGAUGAAAGUCAGGGCGACAAGCUUGGAGGAUGGCGCAGCAUAUGUCCUCUUGCAAAUGUUAACACCCUGGUUGCAAGCUGAAUCCUAAAUAGAAGCGCCUUAUUCGGGCCUGUGCAUAAUAACUCAGCAAAGUGGGUUUUGAAUUUUUUUUUACUUUUUACCAACCUUUCAUGACAUUUGACGGACUAGGUGGCUAAGACACUGAGCUUGUCAAUCAGAAAGGUCGGCAGGUCGGCCAUUUGAAUCCCUAGUACAGGUCUCCUGCAGUGAGUUGGACUAGUUGACCUCCAAGGUCCCUUCCAACUCUCUUACUGUUACAUUUGAAGAACCGAAAGGAGAGAGGUACUCUCAAGCUGUGUUUCUUAAGUUUGGCAAGCUUAAACUGGCUUGCUGGCUGGGGAAUUCUGGGAGUUGAAGUCCACCUAUUUUCAACUCCCCAAGCUUGAGUUUAGGCAGUGGAGGCAACAACCAGCACAAGGUUGUUUUCCAGUAAAAAUGAAGCCAGGUGUUCUGUUUAAAGAGCAGCCUCCUCAGAAAAGAGAACCAAGUUACUUAGAAACCAUUCUCUCUUCCUCUGUCCCCAUUAAAUAAACUUUCGCCAGCCUUCUAAGCCCAUCCAUCCUCCAGGCUUAGUUUUGAACUGUGGUUAACGAAACGGGGAUUUUGUUUCCUCCCCAAAAAAAGCGGGGGAAAUGGUUUGAAGGGACAUUGUAGCCUCUUGCUUUCUGCAGGAGGUCAAGGAACAUCCAGGCAACAUCUUCCAUUUCUGAAUAAAAGAAGUUGCACAACUUGGUUGCACAACAACUUUGGAAACUGACUUGCUGCCUUUUAAGCAGUCGUCUAAAAGGGAUGCAAGAAAACGCAUUUCAAAUCCUGUCUCUUGCUCUUCAAACCAAUAAUUCUGUUUAUAUCUUUGAAAGACAGUCCAAAAGAGGAAAACCGCACCAAAUCCUUUAAUGGCAUCACCAAGGCCUUCUUAAAAAGAAACGAAAUGCCUUUUGUUUUGCUUUUCAAGUCAAAAUGUAGAGGAAACCAAGUUUCCUUGCUUAAACUUUUUUUUAAAUUUCUUGAAGAGCAAUAAUACAAUGGUACAAAAUGCACGUCUUAAAAAGGUUGAAGCCAUGAUAAUUAUUUGGUGCUUUCAGGGGCCAAUUAAAAUACUGGUAAGAGCUGGCUAUUGAUAUUACAAAGAUCAUAUAUCAAAAGGAGAAGAUCAGCACAAAUCAAGGUGAUGGUCUUGAGAUCACGUAUAUCAUGCAAGUCAUGCGUGGCCUUAAUAUUGUUAAAACAAGAAAGGGAAACUAUCCCUAAGCAUGCUGUGCCUCGGUAUAAAACUGAAUAAGCAAAGAUUUGCAUUCUCUUCUCAGGACACAUUUUGCUUCUUAAUCAUAUAUGUAUUGCACAAUGAUUUCUCAAUAAUGAAAGGGUAUGUUUUGUUAUGUUUUCAAUUCCUGUGCAAAGCAAGCAAAAUAAUUGAAAUUAUUGUACUUUCUAUUGAAAUGUGAGCCCUAUGGGUUUCUUAAUAAAGAAGAAAGGUUG